AAUUAAACGGGCAAAUUCUUCAACACCUUCUCUCUAUCCCGGUUUGGCCCCUCCUGGGUGAAAAUCUCAGCUCAGCUAGGCCGCCCCACAACACUUCCUCCCAGCGACUUUUCUUCGAAUACACCACAGCAGAGACGGGGCACACACGCACUUUUUAGCUUGCCGUCACUUUCCGCCGUACGGAUUUUUUUUCCGUACGCCUCUCGUUCCCGCACACGAAUGUAUACUGUCCGUCGUCGUCUGGAGGAGUACAACACACAAUAGGUGACAGCAGGAAUUGGAGAGAAAAAAAACAGGGCUUCUGCAGAAUUCUGCGCCAAUCUCAACACCCACUGGCGACUUGAGGCAGUCUCCAACUGCACCGACUUCCGAGCACUGUGGGAAUCAUUUCUGCAAACUUUUCACCGAAAUUGGAAUCACUUUGGAUAGACUUUUCGUUGGUUACUCUGCGACGAUCGAAAAAUCUUGUAUGUAAAUUUUUUCCAUCUUCUCAAAUACACACUACUGCUGCGCUUCGACUCUCGGGAAGAGUUAUGCCAGAGGUUGACCGGUGCGGCUGUGUUGGUGUGUUGUUGUGCAUCGCGGCCGAGCCAGACGCCGUGACGGUGUGUGCGUGUAAGUGCGGCGGCUGGUGAGUUGGUGAGUUUACCGUCAGAUGGUGGCGAUGACCCCUGCAGCAAAACGAAAACAAACUUUGUGACGGACUGCGUCUCGACUAGUUACUCACCAUGGGUAGAACGUUAACCGAGGAGCAAUUCAUUGCGGCAGCUCGUCAAUUCGUGCGAUUCUCCGAUGAGAUCCAGGAUGACUGGGAGCUUAUUGAGACAACAGCUGGAGGAGUUUAUCUGCGAAAGCAAACGAUAGUAAGCACACUUGCGGAUGUGACGUCGGCGGAAAAUGUGAUCGAUUUGGACGAAUUGAUUGUCAAUGACCCUUCCGGGGUUGUGCCCCAUCCGGACAACAAGAAGUUGUAUCGCAUCGAGUACCAUGUACUGUAUAGUGUCAGCUUCCAGGUGCCAAUGCUUCAUUUCAAUGCACAUAAGUCAGACGGUUCCCUUCUGCGACUCGAAGAAGUAUGGGAUGCGUUCGGGAACAUCGCUGGCGAUGAUCGUGCACAACUGCUACAAAGUCUAACGCAGAUGGAGCAUCCCAUUUUGUUUAAACCAUUCUUUGCACUUCAUCCUUGUAGAACAGCAGAUAUACUAGCCAAUGUUGGCGAGGCUAGCAAUGAUAUAGUCCUGUUUCUGUCCUCCUAUGGUCCAUUUGUUAACUUAAAUCUAGAUCUACGUUAUGCCAAUUUGAAGUAAAAUAGUUGAAAUGUUA